AUGACGAUCUCAUAUUCGGGGAACUUCUUCCGGUUGCUCGCCCGGUGGAAGGGGUCCAUAUGGCGGUCGACGUGGAAAGAGCUGCUCAUCUACCUCGCAUUAUACUACGCUAUAAAAUUUUUCUACAUGGAGGGUAUCGAUAUGUUUUUUGACACGGACAAGUCGAGGCACGAGGCAAAGCGCUACUUCAUCGGGAUGUGCCGCCAGUUCAACGAGUACACCAAGCUGAUCCCGCUCACCUUUUUGCUCGGCUUCUACGUGUCGAAUGUCGUGGGAAGGUGGUGGCGCCAGUUCGAAUGCUUAGCGUGGCCAGAGGAUCUGCUCUCGCUGCUCGUGUUGGUGAUCCCCGGGGAGGACGAGAGGAGUCAGAGGAGACGGCACGUCAUCGCCAGAUACCUCAAUCUCACGUCAGCGCUGGCUUGGCGUGACGUCUCGUCAAAGCUGCGACUCCGCUUCCCGAAAGUCCGUGACCUCAUCGACGCCGGGCUGAUGACUGAGCAGGAGUAUGUACUGCUCGAAGAUGUCCAUGCCUCGUGCGCGUCGGUGCGCUGGAUGGCACCGCUGCAAUGGGUGCAGCAGAUCAUGAUGGACGAGGUCAAGGACAACAACCCGACCGCCUCGAUCGUCAACAACUUUAUCACCGAGCUGAAGCUGUACCGGCAGUCGUUCCGCAAGAUUUUCUGCCACGACUGGGUGUGCGUGCCGCUCGUUUAUACGCAGGUGGCCGCCUUGGCGACGUACGCCUUCUUCUUCUUCUGCCUGUUCGGACGUCAGUAUUUCCACCAGGACGAUACUGUCGACCUCAAGGUGCCCAUCUUCCUGAUCGUACAAUUCCUGUUCUUCGUCGGCUGGUUCAAGGUGGGCCAAGAUCUGAUGCGGCCAUUCGGAAUGGACGACGACGACAUCGAGCUGAACUGGAUCCUCGAUCGGAAUAUUGCCUGCUCGUUCGCCAUCGUUCACAAGUUGAUCAACACCCGGCAUCCCGAGCUCGGCGAGGGCAACGAGGACAUCUUCUGGAAGAGCCGCGGGGAGCACAUCGAGAUCCCGAAAACUGGCCGACAAGACAAGCUCGAGACCCAUCGGCCCAAGCUGCACGCCUACGUUCGGUUGCCGACGCUAACGCGGCUCAGAAUGCCCAACUCGGACGUGCCGGACGAUGAGAAGGGGGAUCACGUGCUCCGAAGCUGCGCGGCGAUCACCCGCAUCUCUCCUGGUGAUGAUCCUCCUCCAAAAACUGCCCCUCCACAAAAUACCGGUGCUCUCCCCAAAGAAUGGUUAAUGCCGCCGGAGGGCAUUACCGGACUCGCUACAUUAAUAUGCGUGAUGGCAGAUGGCAAGGGCAUGGUGCAAUCGGGCCACUUUCUGGAAUCAUCUUCA